AUGCUCCCAAUUAACAAUAAUAACGCUGGUGCUGAAAUAAUUCACAUCAGUGACGAAGAACCAAAUCUGGAAUCAUCGUUGUUAGAGGUCAACAUUAAUUCCGCCCCUUCAAUUUUAUCAACAACGGAACAAACCAAUCAACCUGCCUCAAAUCUUUUAACAUUACAAAGAAAUUUGGGAAUCAGCACCGCCAACAACAACCACCAACAAGAUGGUGUCUCACUCGAUUUAUCCUUACACCAGUUUGGCGGUGAUGGUGGUGGCAGCUCUUCUACUAUUGAUGUCACCGAUGGCGGCCCUGGUAGUGGUGGUGGAGGUGGAGAUGGUCUCUUGAGGAGCGUUCUCAACAAUACUUCUACUAGGCGCAUCAUGCCUAUCAAAAGAACUGCACCUGAUUAUGCUCGCCGAGAGUUUACGGUGGGUGAGAGCUCAAGUGCCGGUGGUGCUGGUGGUGAAUCUGUUGCUCAACCUAUGGCAGCCCCCAAGCGCCGCCCCACCGCUAAUGAAAAUGCGGCGCUGCGCAUUUCAUCAUCAUCUAAUACCUGCACUUGUACCCCUUCUCCCACUUGCGCUCUCCAUGCUUCCGCCAAUAAUAAUCUUUCUUCAUCUUCCAGGGAACAACCCCAUGAAACUGCUAACAACAACAACAACCCCCAAAAUGUUGUUUGUGUUCCUUCCACCUCAAUCAAUUACAUGGAAAAUCUUCCUCAUCAUCAGUACGCCGGUUCUUCGUCUUCGUCUCCUUCCCCUCUUCCUUGGAGCACCGUGAUUAGGCCAAGGGCUAUUCCCUCUGUGUCUCUCCCUCACCGAGUUGGAGGAAGUAAUACAGAAUCUGAAACCGGAAACAACUAUCCAUCUGGAAGGGGAAUAAUCACUGAGACUCACAAUCGUGGAAACUCAUCAUCAUCAACACAGCUAGUGGAAAGCCUUGUACAAAACGCUGGUACCCCUUCUGCAUUUCAGCACCUGCCAUUGCGAGCUUCUGCUAUUGCUGAGACCUAUAAUUUGCCUACUUAUUUUGCUGAUGAUUCAAGAAGGCUUAGAAGAGAGAUCCGCAGUGCCAUUCAACAUCUACCUAAUGGAGACUCCGUUCGACUCGAGGAGCUUUUAAUCCUCGAUUACUCCAUUUACAACUUGCUUGCCAGCAUUGAGGAACUGGAGGAUGCGAAUUUGCCGCAAUAUGAGCCUCUGGCAGACGGGCAGCGAGUGACGAACCCCGAUUUAAGACUGACAGAAACCGAGGUUGCAGCAUCUAUUGGACGGGAAAUUUUUCAAACUGUUGGUGAGCAGCCUCAGAACAUUGAUGCAUGCGGCAUAUGUCUGGAGGACUAUGUUCACGGUGAAGAGCUUGGGAGAUUGGAUUGUGCGCACAGAUAUCACCUUUCUUGCAUCAGGCAGUGGUUGCUCAUCAAGAACAGAUGCCCCGUUUGCAAGAAAAUGGCUCUCACCAUCAUAGACUUGGAGGAUGACGAGUAA